AUGAACCCUACUAUCCCAAUUGAUCAGAUACUUGAAAAUCUGCAGAGGUUUGAAAAGCAGACCCAAGUCGAAAGGGCUCGCCAUGGGGACGUGGAGCCAAGUCUUGAAGCUGCUUAUGAAGCGCGUCUAGAGCGAAUUGUAAAGGAGCUGAGAGACCAAGUGAAAGAGCAAGAGUCUGCGCUAGAAGAGCUUCGAGCGUCUGUUCGAGAACCUGCGGCAUUGACGCAGCCAUCGCCCGACCCAAAAAUUCGUCUGAAGCAGUUCCGGACCCUCGCAUCGGCCUACACUUCCCUGACUCAAGCAGAGGAUGUCCUUCCUGCAGCUGACUCACCACUUCCUGCUCUUCUAGCGAUACGAAAUGCGCAGCGCCAGAUCGUGGAGACCAAGGAAUCAAUCCACCUUGUCCACGAUGAACUGACAAAGGCACGCAAGCGAUUGGAACAGGAGGAGUCAGAUCUUCGAGAUACCCGUUUGAUGCACACACAUCUCGAGCAGCGGCUUGAAAAGUUGCGAGCCGGGCAGGAGGAACAGGAGCAGAGGUCCCCUGAAGAGAUCUUCGAAGAUCUGGUUCAAGAGAAGCAAGCAAAAAUAGCAGCCUAUGAGAGCGAGACGAAGAGGCUAGUCAAAGCUUUCAAUGACUUUAUUGAGAGUCAUCUAGCUGCGAUGCUCGCUGCUGAGGAGCUGGGUGGUCCUAUUGUCGGCGAGCUUGGGGCAGUGGACGAGGAUAUGCUCGCGGCAGGGUUCACUUCCAAAGGCAAAACAAAGAAGUUGAAGACGAAACCAGCGCAAGAUUCACUAAGGCAACAGAGAAUCGACCAGAUUUGGGGUCGUCAAGAUGCAGACGAGGAGGAUAACGAAGAUGGUCUACGAACAGAAAAGGACGCAGCCGGGGCAGAGAUACGAACAUUGACUGAAGAUUUGCUCAACGCCUUGGCCGGAUCAAACACAUCGCCUUACGUAGAGCUUCCCAGAGAUUCGGCCGCUGCUAGAUUCCUUGUGCGCUCGAAGAUUGCCCAGUACCACCCCAAAGACGCUCGAAGGCUACGCCUAAUCGAUUUUGCAAAAGAGCUUGACGACUGA